GACACCAUCAUGAGCCGGGUACAUCGGAUUGAAAUUUAUAGUUUUACUGUGAAAGCAUAUCCUGUGGCUAUUCCUCAGACGGUUGAAAACCAAUCCUACAUCAUGUAUCACGGCACCACCCGACAGAAUGCUAAAAUUAUCCUUGAAAAUGGUUUCCGUCAAUCGGAAGACGGCAUGCUUGGUCCUGGGGUCUACUUAUCCAGAGACUUGAAGAAAGCGAGCCGGUAUCCUAUUAAUCACCCUGAGUGGGACAGGGUGGUUAUAAAGGUUAAGGUCAAUGUGGGCAGAGUGAUAGCCAUCAGAUACAAUAAUCACCCUAUGCAAAAGACCUGGCGCUUUCAUGGAUACGACACUGCCUGGGUGCCGCCCAAUUGUGGAAUGGUGCCAAGUGGUCAGGAGGAAGACUGCGUUUGGGAUCCUCGUCGAAUCAAGAUCCUUCAGCUCAUCUACCCCAGUCCUGCUGGAGCAUCUCGAUUGCUUACCCCGCAGCCGAAUGAUGGCCAAACCUACAUCAUGUAUCAUGGCACCACCAGAGAGAAGGCUCAGGCCAUCUCGGUUACUGGUUUCCAUCAAUCUCCGAAUGGGAUGCUUGGUCGUGGGGUCUACCUCAGCCGAGACCUGGAGAAAGCAAGUCGCUAUCCUAUUGAUCAUCCUGAGGAGGACAGGGUGGUCAUCAGGGUUAAGGUCAAUGUAGGGAAGGUAACAAUAAUAAAUUACCAGGGCCACCCUCUGCAGAAGACCUGGCAUGAUCAUGGAUAUGACACCGCCUGGGUACCGCCCAACUGUGGGAUGGUGAAGAGUGGCCUGGAGGAGAACUGCGUCUGGGAUCCCAAACGAAUCACGAUCCUUCAGCUCAUCAAACCUACCCGUGUCCCAGCCCAGAACUUUGCAAGAUUACAGUGGGCUGAAGACGACUUUGUUCUUCCUGCUGGAGUAUCUCGACUGCUUACCCCGCAGCCGAAUGAUGGUCAAACCUACAUCAUGUAUCAUGGCACCAGCACAAAGUUUGCUCAGGCCAUCUUGGCCACUGGUUUCCGUCAAUCUGAGGAUGGGAUGCUUGGCCGUGGCGUCUACCUCAGCCGAGACCUGGAGAAAGCAAGUCGCUAUCCUAUUGAUCAUCCUGAGGAGGACAGGGUGGUCAUCAGGGUUAAGGUCAAUGUAGGGAAGGUAACAAUAAUAAAUUACCAGGGCCACCCUCUGCAGAAGACCUGGCAUGAUCAUGGAUAUGACACCGCCUGGGUACCGCCCAACUGUGGGAUGACGAAGAGUGGCCUGGAGGAGAACUGCGUCUGGGAUCCCAAACGAAUCACGAUCCUUAAGAUCAUCAAACCUACCUGUGUCCCAGACCAGACCACUGCAGGUUCUUCAUACGGUUAUAAGUAAAAUCAAGCAAUAUCUGAUUCAUUUUGUACAAUCAAAUAUAUUUUAACAACCAAUAAUUGUACUCUGUCAUUUUGACCUUAACAAUAAAAGUUUUAAAUUUGUGAAAAUUA